AUGUCGGGCGUCUGUCGGCUUCGGCCAAGCCGUGACGUUUCCUGCGGGAGCUGUCGCAUUACAUUCCAGCGUGAUACUCCCUUGCACCACCAUUGGCUUCGGGCCACAUUCCUCAGUCUCUGUAGUAAUAAACAUGCAUCUCUAAAGUCGAAAGCAGGUUGUCGAGAACUCCAACUCUACAUCAACACCUUCCCAGUUGCAAAGAGCACUCGAGAUGCUGCCCCGCAUAAAAAGUCCGAAGCAGAGGAAAUCCCUCUAGAUGCGAGAAACGACAGCGACGGUGGUGAUGUGGCCCAGCAACCUGACGAGGAUGAAGACACGAUUCUCACCGGCUACAGGCUGGUGGCCGUCAUGAUUGGGCUUUGUUGCUGUGUGUUGUGUAUCUCUCUCGACAACACGAUUGUCGCCACGGCGAUCCCCACGAUCUCCGCACACUUCCAAUCUCGGGACGAUGCCGGCUGGUACGCGAGCGCUUACCUCCUCACCACCAGCGCGGUCACGCUCGUCUACGGCCGGAUCUACACCUUUGUCCCCGUCAAAUGGGUGUAUCUGAGCGCCCUAUUUCUAUUUGAGCUCGGCUCCCUAGUCUCUGGCGUCGCGCCCUCCUCGACCGCCCUGAUCAUCGGGCGCGCUGUAGCCGGGCUUGGAGGCGGGGGUUUGUUUGUGCCACGGCGCCGUCGCCCGGCGUUCUCGGGCUUCAUCAUGGGCAUGUACGGGAUUGGGAGUGUCAUUGCGCCGCCCCUCGGCGGGGCGUUCACCGACCACCUCACCUGGCGCUGGUGCUUCUACAUCAACCUGCCGCUGGGCGCCGUCACGGCAAUCGCCAUCGUCCUCACCCUCCAACACACCAACUCGAUCGUCAAGACACCCUGGCGAGAGAAGCUGCGCGGGCUAGACCCGCUCGGGAUCCUGACCUUCCUCCCAGCAAUCAUCAGCCUGCUCCUGGGCCUCCAAUGGGGCGGCACGACUUACGCCUGGAGCAACAGCCGGAUCAUCGGUUUAUUCUGUGUCUUCGGCGUGCUGCUACUCAGCUUCACAGCCCUCCAGCUCUACUCCGGCGAACGCGCCCUCCUACCACCGCGUCUCCUUCGCAAGCGCAACAUCUGGGGCUCCGCGCUCUUCAGCUUCAGCCUCAACAGCGCGAUCUUCAUCUUCAUCUACUACCUCCCAAUCUGGUUCCAAACCAUCAAAGGCGCCACCGCCACCAGCUCAGGAGUAAUGAACCUCCCACUCACGCUCACCAACGCCCUAGUCGCGCUAUCCUCAGGGCUCCUUGUCACCGCACUAAGAGCCUACCCAAUCUACAGCCCGCUGAUGCUUCUCAGCGCGACGAUGGCCAGCAUCAGCGCGGGGUUUCUGACGACGCUGCACGCGGGUUCGGGCUCCGCCGCGUGGGUCGGCUACCAGGUGUUCUUUGGGCUAGCGGCGGGCCUGGGCAUCCAGCUGCCUGUGUUCGUCGUGCAGACUACGCUGACGGCGAAUGAUAUCCCCUCCGCCACGGCGCUGAUGGCCUUCGUGCAGCUGCUGGGUGGCGCGGUCUUUGUCUUUGUCGGGCAGAAUGUUUUCGGGAAUCGGCUUGUUGCGGCGCUGGGGCGCGCGGAGGUGGACGGGGACCUGCCGGCUGGGGUGGAUCCGGGAGCUGUUCUUGCGGCGGGACCGGCGGGGUUGAGGGUCGGGUUUACGGGAGAUGCCCUUGCGUUAUUGGUCAAAGUGUAUAAUUAUGCGGUUGUGAGGACGUUUUUGGUGGGAGUUGCGUUGGCGGCUGUCUCGGUGCUUGGGGCGGCGGUGGUGGAGUGGCGGCCGGUUCAGGAGAGGGAAAAGAGACAGCUGGUGGACGGUAGUCGGGUGACUGUCGAGGAGCCAUGA